AUGCAUUCGGAUCAAGCCUCAAAGUCCUUCUUCUUUCCAGCAAUUCCUUGGUGGUCUCUGAAAUUCGAUCCAAGUUUGUCGUGCUUGGCUUCGAGGCACGCUCAGCACAAGCUCGCAGUCCUCUCAGCAGCAGCUCCUAGUGCACGUUUGAGCCCUCCUCGAUGUGCCAGUCAUCUUAGGGAAGGAGUCCUCGAGUGUGCAGUUGUCGUACACGAUUUCCUUCCUCCUGCGGAGCGGCGGACAGCCCGUGAGAAGAUUGCCAUUUCCAUUCCGGUUCACUAG